UCUCAUUCAAUGCAAAUGCACCAACAAAACACAAAACAAAUCUCAUAAAACUAAAUUUUUAUACUAAAAGUUAAUUGUAAUUUCGAAACUUGAAAUUUAAAUAUAUUUCUAAGCUCAUCCCAAAAUCUUAGGACACCAUCGUCUCUGGCAAACAUUGACUAAUGAGUACAUAAAUCUGCCCAAAACUAUGGACGACAAGAAUUUAAAAAGGCGACGAAUUUCACCUCGGCGAGGAGCAAAGCCUGAUAAAAACCCGUCAAUUCUGCUAGAACGAGGUCCAAUUAAGAAAUCUCGUAUCAAAGAUGAUGAUAACGAUGUCGUCCAACAAAUAUGUUUCUCUUGUGGAAUUUCGCCCAUUGCGUCGAAAAGUCUUCCACGACGCCGCUACCUGGAGCAGACCGCAGUCUUCAAGAAUCUAAUUAUGGAUCCACAAUUUCAAGCUAAACUGUCCCCAUCAAUGUACCGAGAUUUUGCGGAGAAUGAGGAAAGUUGUGGAAAAUGUUGGGCCAGGAUUAAAGAAGUUUGGGGUCUGAAGCAAGAAAUUAUUUCCAUGCAGAAAGAGCUGGAUGAACUUGUGGAAAAUGGAAGGGAAAGUGUGCUAAAGAUGAAGAAAUCGAAAGGAAACGAUGGACCAGAGAAUGUUGAUGAAACAAGAACGAUGACGACGCGAGAGAAGGCACCACGGUCCCCAAAGAGGAAGAACAUCGCCUCUAGUCCAGGAUCAAAUAUUUCACCACAGCCCCAAUCACCACCAAUUUCUGACCAUUUUGUAAUAAAGUGCGAAGUUAGUGAGGAUGAUGACGGCGAACAUGUUGGUCUGCAGAAAGAUGCGAUUGUCACAUCAGAUGAGAUGGAAAUCGACGAGAAAACGAGUUCCAAAAAAUCGUCUCCAACUCAAACUCGUGCGAAGGAAAGCACAUCUCCGCAAAGACCAACUCGAAAGAGCAGUCGGAUGGCUGAAAUGAAAAUGAAAGGAAAGUUAUCGGCCAAAGAUUCACAGGUUCCAGUUGAUCAGCUUGAAGAGAUGAAUGACCAGUCGUAUAAUUCCGAAAGUGACGGACACUCUGAUAAUUCUGAGAGCCCUGAUUUCAAAAAAGGAAAGCGUCGCUCCCAAAAUAAGGCAAAGUUAGAAUGCUCCAAAUGUGGGAAGCCCUGUGGCCGACUAAAGUAUUUAAUUCAACACGAAAUUGUCGUCUGCAAAAUUCACUACGAUGACAAUGAGCUGAAAAAGAUGAAUAUCAAUUUUUUUCCCUGUGAAGUAUGUGGUAGGCAAUGCUGCACAAAGACUGAUCUCGACAGACAUAUUUUAACACACACGGUACGAGAACUUGGAUCGAAAUCUGAUAAACCUGACUCACCAAUGUCAUUUAAGAAUGACGAUCCCGACCAAGAUGAUAAUCCAACCAUGCCAACCAAGGAGAAAUUUACCUGCUCAAAAUGUGGAAAGGAAUUGCACCGUCGCCUUCGACUGAUCUCGCAUGAAAUUACGGUCUGCAAAGUUCCCUACGACGAGGUCAAGCUUAAACAGGAAGGCAUCAAACUAUUAAAGUGCGAUUAUGACCAAUGUGACCGCGUCUUCGUUCUUGGUGCCGAUUUAAGAAAACACAUUCUCACCCACACCGGAAGUAAACCCUACACGUGCGACAAGUGUAGAAAAUUCUUCACUCAACCCACGAGCCUGAGACUCCACAGAACAAUUUAUUGUUCAGCUGGGAAAAUUGAUUCCGAAUUACGAAAGAAAUUUAUUGAAAAACAAGUUGAAAAUAAAGCCCACUGCAACAAAAAGUGUCCCCAUUGUAGAAAACGGUUCGUCUCCGAUGAUAGAUUAGAAAAACAUAUUGCCACUGCCCACACCUCCAACCAAGAAGGUUUCAUAAUUUGUGAAUUUUGUGGAAAAUCAAUAUCCUCCAAGCCUGGUCAAUUAGCUAUUCACAUCCGUCGCGUUCAUCAAGGUGUUCAUCGACAUUCGUGCUCGUACUGCGGGAAGGGAUACUUUUCUGUAGCGGAUUUGACCAGUCACGUGAGAAAUAAUCAUGAGAAGAAUUCUAAAGCUGCAGAUGUGUCGAAUCCUAAAGAACAAUUCUCUUGUGAUCAGUGCCCUAAAACAUUUUUGUAUAGUCGUACUCUAAGCGACCACAAAAAGAUGGUUCAUCUUGGAGUUAGAAGGUUUGAAUGUCAAACUUGUCAUGCGAAAUUUUACCGUGCACCCGAUUUCAAGAAACAUGUGAAAACUCAUAAUAAGCCAAUUCACAAGUGCGAGAGAUGUGGUCAGGAGUUUACCAGCCUAAAUGGGUUCCAUAAUCAUACAAAGCUGGCCAAGACGGACUGUCGCCUACUAAAUGGACAGCGACGGAGGGGGAAGAAAACGUUGGUUGAAAAACAGUGCCCUCACUGUCCCCUGAUUUUGAUGGGAGCACUCAAAUUCAAGAUGCACAUGAGGCACGUUCAUCCAGAAGAAGGACAGUUGAAGGACAUGGACAGUGAAGAAGGAAAAGAUGAAGAAGGUUCAGCCGACAUAACUUUUCGCGAAGGGGAACAAGAGGCACCAUCGUCAUUUGUUGUUUUAGAUGAUGCUAUCAUAGAAUGUGAAAUUGUCGUUACAUGAGUGACCUCACACGACUUUGUGCUGAUUUGUGAUUUGAUGUUAAACUCCAGAUUGAUACAUUAAAUAAAUACAAUUUUGAUCGGAACAAUUGUA